CCUUCUUUAAAGCUUCAGCAGCGUUCCUCAUUUCACUGGAGUUGUAGUGGCAGGCUCACCGGCGUACUACAGUUGCUCGCCAGCUCAACCAUGGCUUUAAUAAUGAGGGUACUUCAAUUGUCUCUACUCCUUGAUGUAGGGUGUCAAGUACAUGCUUACAGGAUCGGGUAUGCUGAGCCGGAGAUGCCUACGUAUGGGCUGCAGCAGCCUCCUAGCUACAAUUCCCAGCAGCAGUUGGAACAACCUCCUAGCUACCAGCCCCAGCCACAGCAACCUUCUAGCUACAAGCCACAGAAGCCUAGCUACGAUCACCCCCAGCAGCAGCAGCAUCUUAGCUACAAGCCGCAGCAGCAGAAUCCUAGCUACAAGCGCGAGCAGCAGCAUCCUAGCUACAAGCCCCAGCAGCAGCAGCAUCCUAGCGACCAGCCCCAGCAGCAGCAGCAUCCUAGCUACAAGCCCCAGCAGCAGCAGCAUCCUAGCUACAAGCCCCAGCAGCAACAGCAUCCUAGCUACAAGCCCCAGCAGCAGAGCCUAGCUACGGCCAGCCACAGCCCCAGCAGCAGCAUCCUAGCGACAAACCCCAGCAGCAGUAUCCUAGCUACAAGCCCCAGCAGGAGCCUUCUAGCUAUAAGCCACAGGAGCCUACAGCAGCAGCAGCAUCCUAGCUACAAGCCCCAGCAGCAGCAGCAGCAGCAGCAGCAACAUCCUAGCGACAAGCCCCAGCAGCAGCAGCAGCAACAUCCUAGCGACAAGCCCCAGCAGCAGCAUUAUAGCGACAAGCCGCAGCAGCAGCAUCCUAGCGACAAGCAGCAGCAGCAUCCUGGCGACGAGCAGCAGCAGCAGCAGCAGCAGCAGCCUAGCGACAAGCAGCAGCAGCAGCAGCAGCAGCCUAGCUACAACCCCCAGCAGCCCCAGCAGCAGCAGCAGCAGCCUAGCUACCAGCCGCAGCAGCAGCCUAGCUACAAGCCCCAGCAGCAGCAGCAGCCAAGCUACAAGCCCCAGCAGCAGCAGCAGCAGCAGCCAAGCUACAAGCCCCAGCAGCAGCAGCCUAGCUACAAGCCCCAACAACGGCAGCAGCCUAGCUACAAGCCCCAACAGCAGCGGCAGCAGCAGCAGCAUUCUCCUAGCUACAAGCAGUAACACCAAAGUUGUACCUUAUGAAGAUUACAUUGUGUACGUUCGUUUCUUGGGAAAUGCCAUCAAAUCCUGCAAGAUAAGCGGUCAAAGAACUGUGCAAAUGUGUUCUUGCCAUUACAUGGUUUUACUGUCCAAAUUUGAUAUGUGCACAGCAAAUAAUAAAAAUAUGAAUUUUAAA